AUGGAUGAAACGAUUCGACGAAAAUAUUGUGGCCUUCUAAUGUUUGAUACACCACCUUCCUUUCCCUACAAAUCUAAUGGCAAAUUGAAUUCUUCAACACUAACCAUCGAUCAUACUACUUCGCUGGAAAAUAGUAGUAUAAGAACCCAAGACAAUCUUGUAAUUACCUCCUUCAUGGAACCAAUUCGAGUUAAACCUCAAAAUCCUAUAAAAAAUAAACAACCUAUUACUUAUAAUGUCUUGGAUUCAGAUUCGUUAUUAUUAAAUAACGAGGUCGAAAAAACGCAAAAUUCGGUGCAGCAAUCUUCUAAAGAUAGAACUCCUCGUCCUCCAAAUGCCUUCAUCUUAUAUAGGCGUGCAAAACAAGCGGAAGUUACUCGGGAACAUGGGAAUAUUUCUAAUGCAAAAAUUUCAAAAAUACUUGCCAACCUUUGGAGAAACGAAGACGAAUAUGUAAAACAUUAUUGGCAAAAAUUGGCCGAUAAAAAAAAAAUGGAACAUAUGAUUGCUCAUCCUGGAUACGUCUAUCGACCAAAAAAACUUGGCGAAAAUAACAAAAAAAAGUAUCAUCGUAAAUCGAAGGCCACUCCGAAGGAAUCUACUGGCCCAUUGAUUCCAUUAUGUGAUCCUCCUGCUCAAAAUCCAAAUCCGCUCGUUUCUGAUUCAUCCCAAGAUCCUACCAUCUUUACUACGGACACUUCCUCUCCUUACAUUUUUUGCGAUAAUAAUUUUGAAAGUUAUUCCCAAAUUGCACUUUCAAUCUUUUCAGAUAACGACUUCGGCUAUGACAAUUAUGUCUAUGGCAAUUAUAUCGAUUGUAACGAUUUUAAUGCUUUUAAUUAUUAUAAUGAUAUUGAACCAAAUAAUUUAUUUGACGUAUAA